CUAUAAGAAACCUCACUGAAGCCCACUGCAUUGUGAAUCGUCCUGGUCCACACCGUGUAUGUGGUAUUUUUUUGGUAAUAAAUACAUAAACGCAAGAUUUUCCAUGAUGAAGGAUUUAUAAAUCGUGAACAACUUUCGUCUUAUUAAUGUUCAUUUGUUAUCGUGGGUUGACGAAUCUCUUUGAGAAGAGGAAAAUAUGAAGUUUCUUGUUACUGCAGGGCAUUCAUGAGGAGACGGCUAUCAUUGCAAUUUGUAAAGGUGGCAAAGACGAAAACAAUGGAAAUGAAAAUAUGUAGCGAUUUUAACGGUCUGUGUACAUGCAUUGUUCGUAAUCAGACGGUUUGAUCCAUUAGACAAUUGUUGCAUGUUUUGGAGAUUAUCGAGUGUGUGCAGUUGUCAAGGUUGUAGCGAACAGUCUUGAAAACUUAACAGGUGAUAGGAAGAGUGUACAAUAUGGAACACUAUAAUUCAGUUUCGUGACAGUUAAACAUUAUCAUAAAGGGACCAACACUGUUAAUUGAUACUACGAAAAAAUCACGCGUUACAAAUGGAAAACAUUAAAUAUAAUGAAAAUGUUUGGCAUGUCAUAAUAUAGAUGCUGUAGUGUCAUCUUUGUUCGUUGAAUACUAAUUUUCGUGACUGAGCAAAUCCACGAAAUUAAGAGAUCAAUUAAGUACGAUUUUUACGAAGGGAAAAAAAAACCAAAUCAAAACAACGUUUAGCUGUCCACAAGAAAAACAAAUGAUCGGAGGGUGAAUAGGCAGGAUUGCAUUCAAAAAUAAAGAUUUGUUAAACCUAUACAUGAUCUUACUCAGAUCGAUUGCUAACCAGAUGUCGCUUGUUCGAUGAACGCUAUACAUGAUGUUGAGCCAACCAAUGCAAAUACAACGACGUAUUAUGAACGGUCAAUACCACAUAAAGAACUGAAAAUUAAUCAUUUCUUCCGAAAAAAUACAUAUAGUCACACUUCAGUCUUUUGGAGUUAUGAAGUGUUUUGAGAUAUGGAUGACGAUACAUAUCUGUAUCAGUCUCUCCGUUGUCACUGGGAAACCCACUAGAGAGAAAGCAGGGCCAUGUGCAAAUGCAGAAGAUCCCAUGGCAUGCCUUCAUGGAAUGUUAAUGCACGGGGACGACCAUCAGGGAGACACACACAAAGCGGAGGACCAGUAUCUACGCUUUAAGCCGGUUCUACGAACCGGAAGUCCCGAUAAAGCGGGCCCUCAGGAUGCUGAACAGACCUUUCAUGCCUCCAUGAUGCAUAAUGGCGAAGACCCGGAACAUGCACAUAAAACUGCUGUCACAAAACCACAGACUACGGGAAAGUUGGGACCUCAAGAUGCUGACAAUGCUUUUCAUGGAGUGAUGAUGCAUGGAGAUGAUCAGUUGGGACACAAACAUGCCAAAGAGCACCAAAAUUCACAAACAUCCACAACUAGAGAGGGCCAGAAAGCUAAACCUAUGGAUGCUGAACAACUGAUGCACGGAAUUCUUAUGCAUGGAGAUGCAAAAGUUGAAAACCACCACGUACAUGACAAUCCAAAUGAAAACCAGCCAAAUGAAACUCCCGGUCCAGUUGAUCUUGAAGAGAAAAUGCAUAUGUUAAUGCAUAAGGAUGGAGAAGUACACUUACAUCAUAAGAAAGAAGACAAGAAACCUGCUGAACGAACUGGUCCACACGACCAAGAAGAUCUCAUUCAUCAACUGAUGCACAACGGUGAAAAUCUUAUCCACAACAUCUUGGAUCAAAACAAACCAUUCAAAUUCAACAUUGUCGAAAUUAUGAAGCUAGAAAUAGAUGCAGAUAUUCUGAAAUCAGUAGGAUUGGACAAAAUGAAAAAAGAGGAUGAAGCAGACUAUCAGAAUUGGCAGAAGAAACAGAAUACCGAUGAUAUUCAAGGUGAAACUAUGGCUUACAUAUCAGACUCCGUAGUGCCCGAUGUUGAACUUAUGAAACGACGGUAUAUGAACCUUGGUGAGGAAGACGAGCAGGAAUCACAACAAAACGCAGACAGCAGAAACAAAGAGAUCUCCCCAGAGGAGGUACUGGCUAACCUCGAUCUGGAACAUGGUGCGGCAGAUCACGUGGGCGAUGACAUUCAGCACGACCUUGAACUCAUAGGCAAUACUGCGCCUAUCAAUUCUCGACACAAAGUAUUUAUGAACAGGCAGAACUAAUAGUUUUGAUGACAGCAUUAAAGAAUUGGUAAUAAAGAUUACCAUGGAGGCUAGAACAAAUGACGUGCAUUACAAAUACACGUAAUACGAUGUCAAUAUAAAGAUUAGACAACCACGACAA